AUGACAUCUGGUAAGAGCGAUAAUCAACCAGCACCAACUGUGAAUGAACCUACAAGUCAGUCAGGUAUUGACAUUAGUAGUCCUCUAUACAUGCAUCCAUCUGAUAAUCCUGGGACAACCUUAGUUCCUGCUCCGUUUGAUGGCUUUGGUUAUCAAUCAUGGAGAAGAGGUGUGAUGCGAGCAUUAUCUGUGAAGAAUAAAUUGGGAUUUAUUAACGGAGAGUGUAAAAGACCAGAUCUAGACUCUUCAAAAUUUCGCUUAUGGGAAAGGUGUGAUGACAUGGUUACAUCGUGGAUCUUAAACUCUUUGACCAAAGAGAUUGCAGACAGUGUUGAGUACGUAGCUAAUGCAUUCGAGUUGUGGAGAGAACUUGAGGAUCGAUAUGACCAAACAAAUGGGACGAAGUUGUACCAAAUUCAGAAGGAGAUCAAUGAUCUAUCUCAAGGAUCCUUUGAUAUUACUAGUUAUUAUACAAAAAUGAAAAAGCUAUGGGAGGAACUCAAUACUUUGAUUGCUAAAUCUCACUGCACCUGCAACUGUUCGUGUGGAGCUAAGGAGAGUAUGCAUAAAGCAGAACAGGAUAGGAGGCUCAUACAAUUCCUUAUGGGAUUAAAUGAGACAUAUACUGUUGUUCGAGGCAGCAUAUUGAUGAUGAAUCCUCUUCCCUCAAUUGCUCAAGCUUUUUCUCUGUUAAUCCAAGAAGAAAGGCAGAGGGAAAUCAAGCCUACUGGCCAUUUGGCACUGGAGUCAUCAGCUUUGAAUGCCAACACAAUCAGACCUGGGACAUUCAGAGCAAAUUACUCUCCCAACAACAAUCAUAACAACAGAAAUAGACCUUUCUGUGACUACUGUAAGAGGCCAGGACACACCAAAGAAAAAUGUUAA